AUGAUUGAUUAUAUUACCAAAAUUCCAAGUGAACUCCUUUCUAAAAUUCUCAAGUAUAAUAAAAUCUUGAUAGAUUUAAUGUUGACAUGUAAAAUUUUUCUUAACAUUAUUAAAGAUAAUCAAUUUAAAAUGAAUUGGUUAUUUUUCCAUUUUGGAAAAUCUCACGCUCUUUUUCACACUGUCAGAUUGGGUCCUAAUUUUAUCAACGUUGACCUUGCGAAUAUGAUUGUUGAAAAAAUUGGAAUUUCUAGAUAUUUUAUUCAACGACUUGCUCUUAGAUUUAGUUUAUAUGAUAAAAAACUUUUGGAAUUAAAAUUACAACAUAAUAAUUCUACUAUUAAUGAUUCUUAG